UGAAUUAUGUGGCGCCAACGUUGACACUUCAACAACACCAACACCAACAACUAUGAGACUGAUAUUCGAUGGCAGAUAGCUGUAGACCCCCGACAGAGCUAUGUUCGCAAUCGCAGCCACGCCCGCGAAACAAUCGGUAUCGGAAACUAUAAACACACUUUCCAGCCGUCUGACUUCUUCUACACUCCUCGAGGAUCGGCGGGCUGCUAUAUUGGGACUACGGAGUUUUGCAAAAGAGUACCCGGCUUCUGUGGCAUCGGAUUCUCUUCGAGCUUUAAUAGGUAGCUUGAGGAAGGAUGGCGAAGAUGUGGAUUCGGUCAAGAUAAUCCUGGAAACGUUGGUUUGGCUUUUCAACCCAAAUGAGAACAGCCCUGAGGCCUCGGAAGAGAUUGCCCUUUGGCUUGCAGAUGAAUUCACGCAGCGGCAAGAUAACAUUACGUUAUUGCUAGACUUCUUGGACACCAAUGAUUUCUACUCCCGUCUCUACUCGUUGCAACUUCUCUCUGCAAUCCUAGCGUCCCGAACAGAGCGAACAGAGGAAUGCAUAUUUACGGCACCUUUAGGAAUAUCAAGGCUGGUGGCAAUAUUAGAUGAUAGGAGAGAUGCUAUUCGAAAUGAGGGUCUCUCAUUGCUCACAUACCUGACCCCAAACUCUGCGGAGCUUCAAAAACUGGUCGCUUUUGAAAAUGCUUUUGAUCGCAUUUUCAACAUUAUCAAGCUUGAGGGAUCUCUUUCACAGGGCGAUAGGAUAGUGGAGGACUGUUUAAUCCUCCUGGCGAAUCUCCUUCGACUCAACGUCUCCAACCAAUCAUUCUUCAGAGAGACAGGCUCCGUGCCUAAACUUGCACAUCUACUCAAUGAUGCUCUUGGUGACCAAAGUUCUGAUGCUGACGUCGCCGAGUGGGCAAAAUUGCAGAGAAAUAGAAAUAUCUAUGCACUCCUUGCGGUAUUAAGAUUGUUCCUUGUGCCGGGUGGUGUAGGCACACAGGCAAAUCAGGCAUCUUUCUGGCAGCAUGGUAUCCUGGACCAGGUUCUGCAACUAGCAUUCAGUCGCUCAACAGAAAUGCAGAUAAAGGCAGAGGCCUUGACAACUUGUGCAGACUUGAUCAGGGGAAAUCCAAGCCUCCAAGAGGGCUUUGCCCAAUUGCAAGUUACUUCGGUACUAGACGACCUACCUGCCGAAGAAAAUGGUGCUCUCAAAGCGAACGGAACUCCAAAAGUCUACGUGAUCGAUGGUCUGCUUGAUCUUACUCUGAGUGUAUCGUCAUUGUCGGCCUUUGACUCGCGGCUUGCAGCAUGCCAAUGUAUAAAAGCAUAUUUUUUCAAUCACCCAGCUAUUCGACAACAUUUUCUUCGUCGUGCAAUUGAUGGGCAUACUUCGGGAGCCGAUGAGACAGCUAAUGUUCUGACAACAGUCCUGCAACCAUUACACGAUCACAUCUCUAGUGAUCCUUAUCGGUAUUGGUUUGCGGGGGUAAUUCUCUUUCACCUCAUCUUCGAGGAUCCAAUUACCAAAAGUCUAGCAAUGGGCGUCGCAGAGGGUGAUGCAUCCAAUGGCGAAGAGGUAGUGACCUGCAUUCAGACCAUCACAGCAAACCUCAUUACCGGAAUCCAAAGGCACGUGGAUGAACGGGUUCUAGUCGCGUAUUUGAUGCUCUUGUGCGGAUGGUUGUUCGAAGAUCCAGAUGCCGUCAAUGAUUUUCUUGGCGAGGGCAGUAACGUCCAGAGUCUUGUGCAGGCCGUAUUGCACAGUACAGGUGAUCGUCCAAUUGUCCAGGGUCUUUGCGCGAUGCUUCUCGGAAUCGUAUAUGAAUUCUCAACCAAAGAUUCACCUGUUCCAAGAGCUACGAUACAUCCGAUUUUAGUAUCUCUCAUGGGACGAGACCAGUAUAUUGAUCGACUUACAAAGCUGAGAGGACAUCCGUUACUGAGGGAUUUUGAGGUUCUCCCGCAAAUGCUAAGCUCUGCGCCAAUGGGUGGCCUUCCUGAAGUAUUCUUUGAUAGAUCAUUUGUUGAUUUCGUGAAAGAUAACUUCAGUCGCUUCUUACGUGCAAUUGACCGGGAUCCGGGCAUGGAAGUUCCGGUCAUUGCAAAUGGCGUUCAGAAAGGAAUCUCCCGUGAGAUGGUGGAUUCCCUACGGUCGCAGCUUGAAGAGAAGGACAAAGCACUUCAGAAAGCCGAGCAAGAUGUUCUCUCCCAGGAAAGGCAGUUAGCACAAGAACAGGCAGAUCAUCGGCGGUCCAAGGAAACCGCUGCUGUUGAGCUAUCGAAGAUCAAGAGUGUAAACGAGGCAUUGCGAAGAGAUCAUGACGAAGAGAUUCAAAAACUACGCGCUGAGCAUACUCGACUUGUGGAAGAUCACCAGAGGCAAUUGGAACAUGUUCAAAAAACGGCUGAAGCCAAUGUCGAUCGUACACGGAGACGACUGGAGGCUGAAAUGGCCGACCUCCGAAGUAAUAUCAGCAAAUUAGAAGCAGACCUCGCAAAGGUACGCCCCCCCUAACGGCUUUUUAUCUUAUACUGAUCUGCUCCAGGCGAACAAGGACCAUCUCCAAGAUCUUCAGAGUGCACAUGAUGAGUAUACGACCAAUCUAAACGAGCAAACAGCGCGUCUGAAGCUCGCAGAGGAUAAAGCGAAGGAAUUUGAGGAAAGAAGCGAUACAUUGAACGCAAGAGCGCUUAAAGCUGAGAAAUCUGUGGCGGAGAAAGAGAUUGAGAGACAAGCUGCUCAGAGCGAGCUUGACG